CGUUUGCCAGUGGCGCUGGCGGAGGUCGGUACAAUUCGUUGCUGCACCAAGGCACCGGAAGUGCGGCUCCAGGACGACGCGAGUAUGGCGGACGUCCCAAGCAACGCGCCAUCACAUUGUCCAGGAACAGGCAGUGAUAAUGCCGGUAAAGCUUCAGCUUGCCAGGGCUGUCCGAAUCAAGCUUUCUGUGCCUCAGGUGCCUCUAAAGCUUCAGAUCCAGCUAUUCAGGAAAUUAAGGAGAAGUUGGCAUCUGUUAAGCAUAAAAUUCUGGUUUUAUCUGGAAAAGGUGGUGUUGGCAAGAGCACUUUCAGUGCACACUUAGCCCAUGGAAUAGCGAGUGAUGACUGUAAACAGGUUGCGCUUCUGGAUGUGGAUGUGUGUGGCCCAUCCAUUCCAAAAAUAAUGGGAGUGGAAGGUGAACAGGUACACCAGAGUGGGUCAGGAUGGUCUCCAGUGUAUGUGGAAGAGAAUCUGGGUAUAAUGUCAAUAGGAUUUUUGCUCAGCAGCCUUGAUGAUGCUGUCAUUUGGAGGGGGCCAAAGAAAAAUGGUUUAAUCAAGCAAUUCCUACGGGAUGUGGACUGGGGUGAAAUAGAUUAUCUGAUUGUUGACACACCACCUGGUACCUCAGAUGAACAUCUUUCCAUUGUACAGUACCUGAGUGCUACACAAGUGGAUGGAGCUGUCAUCAUUACCACUCCACAGGAAGUGUCGCUACAGGAUGUGAGGAAGGAAAUCAACUUCUGUCGAAAAGUGAAUUUUCCUAUAAUUGGGGUUGUAGAAAAUAUGAGUGGCUUUGUGUGUCCAAAGUGCCAGCAUGAAUCUCAGAUUUUUCCACCAACCACCGGAGGUGCAAUGAAGAUGUGCAAGGAUUUAAGCAUUCCCUUCCUUGGUAAAGUGCCUUUGGAUCCCAGAAUAGGAAAGAGUUGUGAUGAAGGCAAGUCAUUUUUGACAGAAAUUCCAGGUUCUUCUGCAUCUAUUGCUUACAAGGAUAUCAUUCAUCGAAUCCAAGAAUACUGUGCCAGUCAUCAAUCUGGUGUAGAAACAACUACCUAAUGUACCAAAACAUUUUCUGCAAUCUGCUGAGUGCAUUUGGUCAAUUUAAGUCAAUGGAGGAAACCAAAGCUGAUGCUGAAUUUACUGACUGCAUAUUUUCAGUUUUCAUUAAUAAUCUCUGAACUGCAAGAUAGUUCUUUGCUAUCUUGGCUCUACUCCUGUUCUCAGUGAAGCUCUGAUUUUAGAUUUCUGUUUAAGUGACAAAUGGAAAUGAAUGAUGGACAUAAAGAUUUGUAAUAAAGAGUCUUUUUAUACUUGUUGCACUGCCAGUGGAGAAAGACAUGUUUGAUCAUGAUGGGAAGGGGAGUUAAAUAUAGAAUUACUUCCCUCAUUUGACCAUUACCCAGUGUAUAGUCAGGGGCACCAGUGAAGGAAAAAGCAAGUUGAACGCGGGGCUGCCAAGUCAUUAUGCCCGUUCGGGAAACGCUGAUAUAAUCACCACACCAAGCAUUUGAUUCAGCGAGCAGGACUUCAAUUCUCUUUUUUUACUCCCCAAAAUACACUACAGAAUGUUACUCCUAUACUUCUUGCUAGAUUUUAUAACUAUGUGCUGAGACAAAAAGGUCGUGAUACCUGUAUUGUCUUCACAUUUAAGUCUACAUUUCAACUCUGUCACCAGUAAUUUUUGAUAUUGCUGCUGAGUCUCUGACGAAAAAUCACAAAUUUCUUCAAUUCCUCAUGAACUAAUUUGAGCCCCCAAAGGAAGACUCUGGUCUCCUUUAACCUCUACCAAUAAAAGACAAAUUACUCAAUUGGACUGUAAUGACUUUUUUGUUUCCAAACUGACAAUAUCCUUUUAGAAAAUUGUUAGUACCAUUUGGAGUUUUCUUCAAGUGUUAGUGCUAAAUACUGUUUAAUAAAAUUUCAAGACCUCAAGUCAAAACAGUUCCAUCAAAUGAACCUCUGCUAGUAUGACGUGGAAAUAAUUGUGUUAAUAAUGAUUACAAAUUUCACCUUUGCCCAAAUGUGAGUCGAUUAAGCUAAAUCUUUGAUUCUGUGUACUGUGCUCAGACUGGAUGAUUAGUCAGCCUGUAAUCUGACAGAGUAACUAGGUGCCAAAAUCCGUGGUCCGUCCCCAAGGAUACUUGACAAUGGCUGGAUUCUGGCUGCAUAUGUUAAAAUGUUGUUAGAUCACAAUAGUACUCAUGUAAAUUAAUGUAAUAUACAUUGAAAUUGUAUGUUGACAUUUUAAUAAACCUGACCUCAAAAGGUGAGAAA